CACCCCUAUUCUUUCCUUAAUAGCUCCCAGAUGAUUGAAUCACACUCUGUUAUAUCGGAUAGCUGACGCUGACGAUACAAGGCCAACUCCUUGUAAUUUCUACUACUUAUCACGCCGCGUCGUAGGCGUGAAAUCGUCCAUGCUCAUAUCCCAUACCCCUGGUCGUCUUCCAUCUUAAGAAGGAUUAGUUCUAAUAGUGGGGCUAGUUGUAUUAAUGCGAAAUCCAUUCACACAUCGUCACUUUCUUCUUCGACGCAGCGCAGAAUAGCCACCCCACAGUCGAACAGGGGUCUAGAUAGUGGGUCCCGGUGUUUGGACCCUUUUUCUAAGAUUGAACAGAACGGUACGAAGCUAGAGUCAAUGCGAGCUUGCAUGACCUAUUCUUCGUGUUUCCCAGUUUGAAGUCGCCAUCUUCGACAACCGGGAGACCGGCUUGGAUCGCGAGUGGUAGAAAAUCAUGGCUGUAUGGGAAACCGAAGACGAGCUCAGCAGUGCUGCUGCUGCGUCACUACCAACACCGACGGAUACGCCUUAUCGGACGCCGUCGCGAAGUUCUCAGCGCUCGAAGAAAUCGCGACGUUCUGGUUCUGUUACACCCCCUGCUUCCUCCCCGCCUCCGCCACUUCCACUGGACAAGAUCGAUAGGAGGAAAAGCAAGAACAAGAGUAAGCGAACCUCGAAAGAUGGAGGAAACGAAGAUAAUGUUAGCAUCUUGGAUCCUCGCCGGUUCACGCCUACACUCCACGCGAAUCUCGUAUCGGAGAUACUCUCAUUACGGAGAGACCAGGAGGACAAGCUGAAGAUUAUCGAAAGUCUUGAAAGCGCACUGCACACCACCCGAGAAGAACAGGAGUCUUCGCAAACCAAUCUUUCCAACAUUGGUAAGGAGAAUCGGUCACUGAAGCGACAAUUGGCGCUCCUUGAGGGUGGAACUUCAUCCGCUUUAGGCGAGUUAGCAAGGGAACGCGAUGAGGCGGUCGAAGCAAUAACUGAAACGAAGAGACGGUUAGACAUCGCGCAGAAGAAGGUCCGGACCCAGGAGGAAGAUUCAGAGAGAGUACACGACCUUUGGGCAAAGGAGAGAGAUGAAUGGGACGAUGAAAGGCGUAAAUAUGAGCGGAAGAUACACGUUGCUGAGAGUCGGCUGAGGGUCGUUUUGGAGGAAUUUGCUAACCUUCAGGAGGCACAAGCGAAUAAACCUCAAAAUGGCGCCGAGAGCGAAGGCGAGGACGGCAAAGAGAAUGACGGUGCUAGUGUGCGGACCAUGAGCAUAACUAACAGUAUCCGGUUCUCCAUGGUUAGUGGACCAGGUAUGGGUAAGAUGAAUGGUCACAGCCUUGCUGAUGAGCUCAAUUUCGACGAUGACGACGAUUACCAGACGGAUCCGGAUGGCCGCCAAAGUGUGUACUCAACCACCAGGCACAACCGGGCUCAGAGCCGGGAUAGUAUGAUGUCGAAAUCCCAUCGACGUAAUACGAGCAUCGAGAGUCAGAUACGGCCGGGAAGUGUCGCACGCAGCAGGAUGUUCAUGAACCAGACCGUACUUGACAGGUUAGAAGGUGGAAUUCGCGAGGAUGACGAGGAAUCGGUUGUUUUAACCCCUAAGGUAGAGUAUACCGACACGGGUAUCCAGUUCUCACCACCGCCGUCUCCCAAGGUCGUCCCUGUAAAACCGUCGACCCCGGAACCUGCCUUGAAAUUUGAGAAGUUGAUGGGUCUGGAGAGUCCGCCCCGUUCUGAGGGUGAGAUCGAAGCAAACCAGAGUCGUAAGAGGGUGUACAUUGCCAAGCCAACACCACUGGAAGCUCCGAAGCCCGCAAAGCCAAUGGUUUCAGCCGGAUCCCAGACGUCGAAGGAGGUCCCGUCGUUGACUACUUCUAGCCCGGUCACCGUGGAAAUGAUACCCGCUGUUGCCACUGUAACUAAGUCGAUCGCCACUCAAACCGACGCUGCUUUGGUUGAACGAGCUGUUUCACCUGAGCCGUUCCUAGUACCUAGCAUCAGCAUCAUCCCGCCAACUAGCCGACCGUCAACUCCCCGUGAACACCGGUUGCCUCAGUAUGUUAAGGACUUCGGAUGCCAAGUUUCUAUCUUGCAAUCGAAGCCAAUGAAGUCGAUUUCGGUUCAGACGGACGAAAUCCGGAUCGAUCAGAGGCUCGACAAACUGCCACCACAUCUUCAUCCCUCCGCCAUCUCAUCACGACCCACAUCCCCCGCCCCUACUUCAGCAGUUGAGGAGAACAAACCCUUCACUCCGGUACCCGGACACGUUCCUCCGCGAAACCCACGCCGCCUUGAACAAGGCAGACGAAGUUUCUCGGGCGACCUGCCUUCAUCGCCUCCUGCGUCACCGACAACAGAUAGGGAGACCCGAGAUGCUUACCCAGGUAACAACGAUGAUGGCCCAUUAUCAAGUGCUAAGGCACCUGUGAGACGACCGCAUCGUAUUAGUAGCUUGUUCGCUGGCUUUGACGUCCAAAGCUCGGACGAGGCUGACGAAUUCAACGAAGACCAGAGCGACUCAGAAUACCGCACGGCGCUAGCUCCAAGACCUAAAAUCGGCACCGUCAAACCUAGCAAGCGAAUGACGACUAGCGCAGUCUCUCCCGUCGUCGCGUCGGAACAGGCUAAGUCCGCGGCUAGGCAAUCAACGAGUGUAGUGAGCAAGCUCGGAAGUCCGGAAGUUUACAGCUCCUACCGUCUUGCCGAUUCCCCAGAAGGGUUGGCACGCAAGCCGUCAAUUAAAGUGUCGACUCGAACUUCUGGUGGGGCCCUUGGGUAUGCCACAGGGUCUCGGGCCAGUGUGAUGCGCAAGUCAGCAAUGAUCCAAAGUGGUAUCGCUUCACACCAGGGCCGUUCGCGAAGCCCUAGUCUCCCUGAGUCUCGAGAUCCUCCAUUCCCUAUCCCCACGAGAGCUAGUUCGAGGAAGCCACCGUUUAGUAUUAGUGCCCCGAGCGAUGGUCACCGCAGCCCUACACCCAAUGACGAGUCUUCCGGCCGUCGGGGUAUGAGAAGCAGCAUGUAUAGAACGAGCAGUGUUCGCAAAGCCCGAUCAGCCGCAGCCUUACCCGGAAGCCGCAGAGCUAGGAGAGGUAGCCGUUCUCCACCGCCACCAAUGUCGCCUUCUGAAGAAGCCCCUGAAAGCCCUGGCCUUCCACCUCUGCCGACAAACGAUAUCACCACUCCCCAACGUAAUUACGGCAAAUAUCGCGGUCACAGAUCCCAGCCUUCGACGAACACCGCUAACACGGCCAACACUGAGAACACCAAUGUAGGCUCUACCGGUAGUAACCAACAGUCGUCAAGUGUAGUCGAUGCGAUUGCACAGACGAUGGUCGGAGAAUGGAUGUUUAAGUACGUGAGAAGACGCAAGUCUUUUGGCAUGUCUGAAGGAAACGCCCGCGGUGAAGAGAACAGCAACGAUCGCCAUAAGCGAUGGGUAUGGUUAGCGCCGUACGAGCGCGCGAUCCUGUGGAGCAGUAAGCAACCUGCAAACGGCAGUGCCUUAAUGGGCAAGCCUGGUCGAAAACUGACCAUCCAAUCCGUCUUGGACGUCAAGGAUGACAACCCUCCGCCAAAAGGCGCAGUGCAGAUUUUCAACCGUUCGAUCCUCAUCUUAACACCCCAACGAGCCCUCAAGUUCACGGCUUCAAAUGCCGAACGUCAUUACCUCUGGCUGACAUCCCUCUCUUUCCUCGCCCACUCCCAACAAGAUGUCCCCGAAAUCCUCCCAUCAUCCGCCGGGCCCGCACCAAACCUCGCCGCCCCCGCACCCCCCGACUUCGAGAUCCCACAGACCAAAGUGAAGAAAUCCGGUAUCCGGGACUCGAUCCGAUUAACCAAGGGCAAGAACCCGGCCCUAACCCACCGCCACGACCCCCUCCCGAGCACAAACGAGCUCGAAGAGUCCUUCAACUCCUUUAAACAAGACCUGCCGAGCCACCAACGUGACCUGUCCCGCGACGCCGCCGAACCGCCCUUCAUCCCACGCUUCCACGAGCGAACGAACGAGCGCGUGCACGAGCGUGCCAACCAAGUCAUACUGCACGGUCGCAAGCGGAGCAACACAGGGGGUCACAUCCCGCCGCCGCUGUCGUUCCGGGGGUUCUCCGGGCCAGCAAGCCACAGCAGCUCGUACCACGCCUCGAGCAACAGCACAGCGGGCAACAGCGUCGGCACCGCGGGUUCUUCCGAUAUAUACCAAUCGCAGGCGUCGAGCGCAGGGGGCGCCGUGACGACCUGGGGGAUGAGCACAGCGGGAUCGCAACGGACAUCCGAGGCGUCAUCGCGUCCGCCCGGUAAUUUCUUCGAGGCUAUAGGCACGGUGCGCAUGGAGGCGUUUAUUAGCCCGCUUACGUUCCCACGCUUCGAGGAACAUCCUGAUGAGCAGGAGGAGUGGCGGUACCGUGCGCGACGACGGAGCAAGGAGGCGAGACGCAGACGCAGCCGUAGCCGUCAUCGCGAUAGCUAUGUCUCGCGCGGUACGCGUGGCACGGAUUCGUAUGCGGGAAGUCGGAUUGGUGAGGAGGAUUACUUCCGCGAUGACCCGUUUAAGGGGUUCUGAUUUUAGGAGCCUAGCCUUUGACGGGGGUUGUUGAGGACCGUUCUGAUGGGUUGUUUGCUCGUUGCCCGUGUUUUGCGCGCGUGGAGAUACCCUCGAGAUUCGUUUGUUAUGUUGCUCAGAUGAUAUCACAUUC